AAUCUUGGGAUUGGUCAUCUGUAGUUACUAAGAGACCGUCAGUUUAAAUAUCGGGAGAUCCUCUUCGCAAUGUUUUGUUGCUCCAAGACAGCUGACCAAGCAUCGUUUUAAAAUACGGAUAAUUGCUAAAACCGUCCAGCAAGAAAUUGCAUGGGAAAUUUCUGUUUGUUAGUUUGUAACUGAUUAGUCUACUUGGUAACUAGCCUACCUGACUGACUUUAAUUUAAGAAGUACAGUUGGCUACUGUACAAAAUAGGUUGAUCACAAGCAGGAUGUCUGGUGUUAAAGAGGAGGUUACCUCUCCGGACGAGAUGCGAAAAAGGCUGUACAAGACGUUUAAGAAUCGAGGUGUUCUGGACACAUUAAAGGCAAGUCUUCGGAACCAGCUGAUCCAUGAGCUGAAGCACCCUGUCCUAAGCAGAGAGUACCCAGUCCGACCCGUCUUACCGGAACCAGACUCGGUCCUGGUCACCGCCUCUAACAGUCUGGUCGUGGACCAUCUUCAAAGGGCAGGUUAUGAGUACUCAUUGUCAGUUUUCUACCCAGAAUGUGGGCUGGACAAGGACAAGGUGUUUUCUACGAGAGACCUCCUUCAGCUCAUGAAGAUCAGUCCACGGUCGUCCUUAUACAAAUCACUGACAUCAAGCAUUCAGAAUGAUAACCAAAAAGGUUUCCUGAUGAAGCUGCUCAUCGAGCUGUCAGACCAUCACGCGCAGAGAGAGCGCUGCGAUGCCGACACUCAGACCAGCUCUUCCCCGCCGUACAGGGAGUCCCUCGUGGAGAAGAUGCAGAUGAUCGAUGAUGAGUACGCCAGCCUUCGUCACAGAGGCGACAGGUGGGAGUCCCUGGAGGCGAAGCUCGCGGAGUACAGGAAGGAGGCGGAGGCGCAAGCUCAGGAGGAGGUGAAAGCAAAGCUGCAACAUUUUAAAGAUGUGGAACUGGCUAAAAUGAAGAUGGAGGAGCAGGAGAAAUCCCGCAAGGAGAUCCAGGAGCUCAGGCGGGACCUGGAGAGGACCUACCAGCUGAAAUCGGAGGCCCUGAUCAACAGGGAGAAGAACGCCAUCGAGAGACUACAGAAGCAGCAGGAGAUUGAAGAGAAGGAGAUCUACAUGCAGAGACAGUUGGUCCUGAAGGAGAUUGAUGCCGUGCGGAACAGAGAGGUGGAUCUGAGGCAGAGGACUGAAGCUUUUGAAAAGGGCUGUAAGCUGCAGCAGGAGAAGGCCAGGGCCAUGGAGGAACUGCUGGGCCGUAGAGAGCUGGCCGUGAAGACCCUGGAGGAAACGUACGACCAGAAGCUGAAGAACGAACUGACGAGAUAUCAGCUGGACCUGAAAGAAGAAUAUCUCCAGAGAACCCAAAAAGUCGCAGAGGACGAGAGGAGAAAUAAAGAGGAGAAGGUCCGCUUGCAGAAGGAAGCCGCCUCCGUCUCGGCGAAGGCAGAGGAGCACAGGCAGGCCUGCGCCGAGCUGCAGAGACUGCAGGUUGCCCUGGACACCGCGGUGGCACAGGUGUCUCUGCUCACUCAGCAGAACGAGCUGCUGAAGGAGAGGCUGGAGGCCGCCAGGGACUACCCAACGCUCAAAAGGGAGAGGGUGGAGCUUCAGGCUCAGCUCCGCCUGCUCAAGAAGACCCUGGAGGAGGCGCAGGAGGAGAACCACCACCUCCGGACCAACCUCAGCAAGCCCUCGAAGGAGCAGCUGGUGCUGCAGACGGAGCUCAGGAGGGUGCAGAACGCCAGGAGGCUGGAUGAGGAGGACUUUGAGAACCAGAAGCAGCUCCUGCAAGUGCAGCUGCAAACCGAGGCGGAGCGCUGUGCCCAGCUGAAGGCGCAGCUGGCGGAGUGUGAGGAGAGGACGCAGCGCGUGACGUCCCACGCAGAGGACGUCAAGAUGCAGCUCAGACAGACGCAGCUGGCCCUGGAGAACGAGGUGCUCCGCUGCCCUAAGCCCUCUCUGGUGGACCGCUCCGUGCUGGACCUGGCCCCCGACAGGCUGGUGCCCCCGGAUAUCUACGUGGACCCGGCGGUUCUGAGGAGCCGGGCCCAGGACGACCCGUACGGGCCGGGACGCCGGCCCCAGUGGGCCCGCUCCGCCUCCUCGGACUCCGACACCGAGCUGGUCGCCGGCGCCAAGGCCCGCAUACGGGAGCUGGAGAAGGAGGCGGAGUCUCUGGAGGAGGCGUACCGCAGCUACCAGCAGAGGGCGCUCCGCGCGGCGGUGUCCGGCAUCCAGCCGCCCCGCACCUUCUCACCCCCGCCCCCGCCUCAGCAGCGGCCCCCGCACCGCCCCAGAGCCGCCGCGGGCCACGCCCCGGGCCACGCCCCGGGCCACGCCCCGCAGACCAGGGUCACGUUCGCCCAGGAGCCGCCGCCCCCGUCCCUGUUGCCCGGUUACGGGAGCAGCCUGCCGUUCGAGGCCCAGUCUCCCGAGCUUGGCUCCUCCCCUCCCAGGCGUCUGUCGUCGACGCCCCUCUCCAUCGCCAAGAGGCUGAUCAGAUACGCCGCAGAGGAAGACGCGCAGUCUUCUCCUGUCACGUUUCGCGGCCUGUCCCCCGAGAGGCAGCUGUCGCCCAUACCUCACAGCGAAACGGGCGUGGCCGCGUCGUCCUCCAGUAGCCUGCCUGGAAGCCCCGCCCUGAAGAGCACGGCCCGAGGGCCAAUCGGCUCACAGAAGGCGCAGGAAGUGGCGUCAAGCUCAGGGUCCUCGCCCUCGCCUCCUGAGAAAAUAACUCUGGACGAUCUCACGGAGCCUUCGCAAGGCCCCGCCCACAUUCCAGAGCUGCCUCAAGACCUGGCGAAUCAGCCUGCUGAAGAGCCAGAGCGUGGGGGGAGUAUUACCCCAACAUCCCAGCGUGAGGGGAGAGUCUCCCCAACAUCCCAGCGUGAGGGGAGAGUCUCCCCAACAUCCCCGCGUGUGCGCAGUGCCACCCCCCCAGAAACAGUGGGGUCCCCUUCAGUACAUCAGCAGGAAAUGCAUCAGUCCCCUGAGGAGGCGGGCAGUGGACCCCACAGAGAGGAAGAGGAGGAUGAGGAGAUGCAGUGGGAGCUGGAGAGGAGGAGGAGGGAGGAGAAGAGACAGCAGGAGAGAGAGGAAGCCAUGGAGCGGGAGGGGAGGGAGCUGGAUAGGCUGGAGCAGGAGAAGCGCCUGGAAGAGCAGCGGCAGGAACAGGAAGUGGUGCCCGGGGAAGGGGGCGAGCGGACGGACGGGGAGAGGGAGGAGCUGCGGCAGGAACAGGAAGUGGUGUCUGAGGAAGGGGGCGAGCGAACAGAGGAGGAGAGGGAAGAGCUGGGAGUGGGACCGGUGGAAAAGAGGGGCCAGGAGGACCCCCUCCAGAAGUACAUGAGGAUGGUGAUGGAGGGAAAGAGUCCAAAGAAAGAGGAAACUGAGGGGAGCCCAGAGGCGGAAAUUCUGUCCGACGAGAAAGAUAACAGUAUCGCCGCGUUCUCACACGACGAUCCUGAUGAAGACUUCUGGUAAAACUGAGACGCAAGGAAGGAGCUUUUCCAGGCACAUAUUCCACUUUAGCAUUCCAUUCUUAAAAUUAUUUUAUGGCCCACCACCACCACCCUGCGCAGUGGAGGACAGCUAUAUAUUUAUACAAUAUGCACGUAUGAUAGUUAAGUCACUACUAUCCCCACUUCCUGUUUUAUGUUUUUAUACCGUUUUUAUUUAUUUAGUUGUGCGUUUUGUACCCACAUUAUACUGAGUGCUGAAUAAGUUCUGUAAAGUACACAGUUGUAUUUAAAUAAAGUUUUUGCUACUAAA